AUGAAUAAUACCCUUCCUACCCGAAAGAACCUCAGUAGAUGGGGAAUUUCAUCAAGUUCUGACUGCUCGUUCUGCUUACACCCCGAAUCACUUCUGCACGUUGUUCCCGGUUGUCAACAUUACUUGGAACGAUUUACUUGGAGACACGAUUGCAUACUAAAGUUUCUUGCAAAAACGUUUCAAAGUUUAAACGAAUGCAAAUUACUUGUUGAUCUUCCUGGAUUUGAAAGCCCCUCGAUUAUUACGGGUGAUGAAUAUCGUCCUGAUUGACUUGUCUCCACUUCAGACAAACACCUCUACGUUGUUGAAAUUACCGUAGGCUUUGAAUCAAACCUCACAAACAAUGUUAAUCGCAAGAAAGCUAAAUAUAAGAACCUAUUUAGAGAACUAGAUCAAAACUUUACAUCUAUUAAAUUUAUAAAUCUUUCAGUCAGUUCGCUAAGGGUGUUUGAUAAAGAAUGCCAUACAUUCGUAAAAAUGCUAAAUGAGUUAGGAUUGGAUAAUCAACACCAACAAUAUUGUAUCAGAAAAAUAGUAUCUAUUGCCAUCCGAUCAACGUGCUACAUAUUUUGCUGUAGAAAUAAAGAAUGAACAAAUCCCGAACUAAUGAACAUUUAAAGUAACUAUUUCUAUAAAUAUUUAACAAUUUUUGUAUAUUAAACUAUAACCAUGUAUAAGUGAUUCAAGUAGUCAAUUGUAGGUUACCCCAAGAAGUGAGAUUUACAAUUGUAUAUAUCUAUAAAUGUUCUAUUAAUAAAGUUUUCAUUAUAUAAUAUAUAUUAUAUUAUUAUUAUUGCAGAUAUUGAUACCAAACCAUUACAUCCAAAAAAUAAAAUCCUCCUCUACAGUCGAUAUCUUCUGUCAAAAUUAUCCUGGCAUUUUACAGUUUCUAGCGUAUCGAAAACGUGGGUCACCGAAAACAUUGAUUCCAAAGUCAACAGUUAUAUCCGUAAAUGGCAUGAUAUACCUAUAUCUGGAACGCUAAGCACUGUUUUCCUAACCCGCAACAAGUUUGGCCUCAGUAUUUGUCCCCCAUCUGUCAAAUUUAUUCAAUGUCAAACUGUUCUUCGUAAAGCCCUAAAAACAUCCCCAAACGAAGCAAUUAACGAUCUUUGGAAAGCAACUAGCAACAGCAAAAAUAUUCAGUAUGACGUUUAUAACUUCACUAUGCAAGUUCUUAAGGACAUUCGCUCUGGACAAGAGGAUAAACUGCAUACUCAAUUAACCUGUCAAGGCUCUUUCUUCACUAAUAUAACAAAGUUCUCACUCUCCCAACUCACUAAAAUUUGGUCUGCGUGCCAUUCGAACCUUCGGAAAAAUAUAUUCAAUUUUACAGUUCGAUACAUCAAUAACUCCCUUCCAACGCGCCAAAAGCUUGCAAGAUGGGGUUUAUCACCGACUUCAGACUGUUCGCGAUGUCUAGCUCCUGAAACACUUCUGCACGCAGUAUCUGGUUGCCAAUCGUAUCUAGAACGAUUCACGUGGAAACAUGACUCCGUUCUAAACUUUCUCGCAACAAGCUUGCAGACCGUAAGCGGCUCACAUCUUUACGUGGAUCUCCCAGCGUACAAAAGUCCAUCAAUCAUCACUGGUGACACCUACCGUCCAGAUUUGCUUCUUUCAACCUCAACCGGAACACUCUAUAUUGUUGAACUUACAGUUGGCUUCGAAUCAAAUCUUCAAAAAAACGUUGAGCGUAAAAACUCAAAAUAUAAAGAAUUAAUUAGGGGACAAAAUGAACAUUUCAACUCAGUAAAAUUUGUAAAUCUUUCGAUUAGUUCUCUUGGUGUUUUCAGUAAAGAAUGUUCUACUUUCAUAGAAAUGCUUAAUGAUUUUGGUUUUCAAAAGAAACAUCAGAAUUACUGUUUAGGAAGAAUGACGACGAUUGCAAUACGAACAACGUAUUAUAUAUUUUGUUGUCGAAACAAGGAAUGGAUGAAUCCGGAACUGUUAAGUGUUUAA